UUAAAUCUUGUACUAUACGGUCAGUACUACAGUUAGACGUCGACAUCUGGACAUGAUACAAAAGAAGAAAAUACGCUGCUUGGAUUAAAGUAAGUAGUUAAUUAUAUGAAGGUAAGUAAACCUUAAUCCAGUUACGUAUGUAUAUAUGUAGUAAAGAUAUAAAGAAAACAAAAGAAAUGCAUUCAUUUCUCCAUAUUUUCGUGUCAAGGAAUCCUUUUAUUGAUGUUUCACUGUUUAUCUUACCUUAACACAAUUGAGGGUUGUAAAAUAUCAUAAAAGGCACUAAAAAUGUCCGUAUACCAAGAAAUAUCUAAUCAAUUUAAUAGUAGUCCACUAAAGGAUUUCAAGUCCAACGGUUGUUACUUAAAAAAACAUGGAUCAAAGUUUAAAGUUUAUUGAGGAGUGCUAGUUUUCUAAGUUUUGUUAGAGAUAUGUGUGAUGACGUUUGGUGUACUGAAUGCUCCAAUGUUAUCAUAUAAAAAACAAUGACAAAAGUUUGGUUUUCACCGUUUCAAAGACAAUGCUUCGUGACGUCAGGAGUAUGCCUAAACAUGGCUGGUCAUGGACUGACAGUUGGCUUCACAGCUGUACUGCUGCCGCAGCUUCAAAGACUAGACUCGCCGAUAUUUGUGGAUGACGUCAGUGGUUCUUGGAUAGCGUCAAUUGCCUCGGUUUCGCGCUUGUAACCGGAAACUUCAUCGUUCCUACAAUCAUGGCCAAAAGUGGCCGAAAACUUGCUAAUCUCAUCAGCAUCCUGCCCAUGCUAGUCGGCUGGUUCAGUAUCCUCCUG